AUGGCUGCAAUAAAACGACUUUUACUGGUCAUCAUGACUAUACUACUUAUGGAAAAGAAGACAAUGUCAUCUCAGCUAGCGCAAAUACCAAUGCAGUGUUUUAACUACACUGAACUGGAGGAGAAACCAUGGUAUAACUAUCAGAAAAUUCAAACAACACUUCCUACUUCAUUAUGUAGCGGGACUCUGCGGCCGAAAAAUGGCUGGUAUAGAUUUCAAUAUAGUCUGAAUGAGGUUUUAGACUUACCGCACAAGUUCUUAAGUGACAAUGGUAUUCUUAAUUCAUCAAAAAACACACGCUGCCCACAUAAAGCUCCUUUGCAUCCAUGUCGUGAGUACGACACUUUAAAUUCCACAGUUUGUUUCAGAGGGAUUGGUAAAAACUUUGGACGUGCAAUAAAUAUCACACACUGCGAUGCAUUUUACGUGUAUCAAUUACCGCAGUUUCUAUGUAAAAACGGUCCAAGUCGAUUUGAACGCUGGAAUGAUACUCGUUCACCAAAUACAACGGGUUGCAUCCUCAGCCUCCCACCACUCAAUAGUAAGUUAUGUGUACCCACUCAUCAAGUCUGUAAAAUUAGAUCAUUUAGAUGUUAAACUACGUUACAUAUACAACUCAUACAAACCUGGUUUCACUAACGCUGGUUAAAUUAUAGUCCAUGCAGCAUUCAGUGAAGCAAAAACCUGGCUUGUAGUGCAAAUAUGGCUUUACAUUUAAUCAAAAUGUUAUACUAACCUGGCAUGAAUUAUCCGACAUUUGAGAAACACCCUGAAAUGCGUUAAACUAAACACAAGCUACAGUGCGGCUACUACAAUGGACGAAAUAACAUUUUCUCAAUUCAAGCACAAUUUCAAUCUACAUAGUAUCUACAUAGUUCCAUUUCUAACCUCAAUCCUAUUUCUGAUCGUUGUGACUUACUCCUAGGCCUAAAAAAAAUACCUGUGGUUCCGGUUCCCGACCGACCUUAUUUUUUUCUGCCGACCCUAUUAUUUUUUUUCAACGCGAUUGACCGUGCGACCCUAUUUUCUCUGGCUGGUUGCGGGCUGCUCAUACAGCGUGCCAAAAUGGCGUUUGUUUUCACACUAAUUAUUGAACCAAAUUGCCUAAAUUCGUCCAUAGGAAAUACGCAUCUCUAGUUUAUCGAUGUCGGGACUCUCCUGCAAAUCGCCCAGCAAAAAAACCCAAACCAUGAAAAAAAUAUUAACCGGAACCACGGGUAUUAUUUUUAGGCCCUUAGAGUGGAAAACGAACAGUCAUACUCAAAAAGCUAAAAACAGUACUUAAAUAAUAAUUGAAUCCUAUUAUUCUUGCUUACUUUAUCUAAUAUUAAAUUUAUAUCUAUUUUAGGUUCAACUCCGAAUGUCGUUGAUGCAGUAAACAAAACUAACGAUGGCAUGCUUAGCAGACUAGAGAAAGAGGCAAGAUGAUAAACAAACAUUAUUCAUUUUAUUCUGUCAUCACAGAUCUUUAAAUCCGAGCGGUAUUGGUCGAUUUGAUUUCUUAGAAAUCACAAAAAUCUAACCCUGUCUGAAUUAAAUGCGGAAUUAAAAGUGAAAUAAAUCCAGCAACAAAGAGAGUUUAUAUUAAGAAGGAAUGUUCACGCCAGGUUGAAAUCAAAUUUUGUCGCAGGUUUUGUUGCUAUAUUUUCGCUUAAGCAAAACCGGUAAGGCCGAAUCUCAAUUUUAUAUCAGUUCUUAAUUUCAUUUUCAGGUCAAUGAGCUUGAUCGUAUAAAGAAUAUAUCGGAGCGAGAAAAAGCCGCACAGAAGAUAAUCGACCAACUGUUAAAUUUUACAAACCUUGACAAGAUGAAUGAAGAAGAACGAGGAAACGGAAUGAAGCAACAAGACCUUAAUGAUACAGUCAGAAUACUUCAAAAAAUCAUUCAUUCAAAUAUUUCUUAUGGUAGUCUUAACAUACUAGGUCCAGCAAACAAUAUUCUGGAUAGUAGAAAUACAAAAUCGUGGAGAAACAUGACGGUGAGUUAUUGAUAUAGAAAUGCAGUGUUAUAUAAGUGAAUGGUAAAUUAUGUUAAUCUUCCAUAUUUGCCCCAGGGCUGAAAUGUAAAAGACGCAGAGUUGGUCUGAGUCAAAAGCUUACCAAGGUGCUUCUAUAGCAGCCACAAAGGUAGAAAGAUUAGUUUUUGGUGAGAUUUAUAGUUUCAAAGAUUAUAGCUUCGCAAGGAGAUGUAAAAUAAAUAAAUAUGUAUAUGUUCAUGAGGGAGGAGAAUCAAAGAACCCAGAGAGAAACGCUCGAGCACAGGAAAGAACCAACUCUAACUAAAUGAGUAUAGGUUUGAACGCAAAUAUUAUACCGGGAGCAGGCCAAUAUCGCCUCAAUUUCGCAAUAUUUUUAACUGCAAGAAGCUUGAAUAUAUUUCAAUUGAAUUAUAAAUAGCCGCGGUGAACCAGCUUUGACAGUUUGGUAAUUAUCUGCAUGUUUGCUUCAAUUAUGCAUGUAUGUUAUUCUUGCUUGCUUGUAAACACUUCUAAAACAGCCAAUUUCCGAGUCUGACUUCAAGAUUUUUCUCCAUUAGAUACUUCUAAAUUUGAUAUUGUUGCACGUGAAAGCUUAUCAAUUUCUUAAAUUAGCCAGCUCUUAAAUGGUAAUAUGGAGCUUAAGGUGGCUUCCUAGGGUUUUUGCAUUAUACUACACUGUAAUAUCCAGAGACUCCUGUUUCUUGGUUUUCAAGCACAUCAAACAGGUGCAUGCAUGCACCCACUUCAUCAAACAGGUGCAUGCAUGGUAAUCAAUCACUUCAUCAAGUGGCGUACUCAACCCUCUGCCUGCAAUAGCGAGCUCAACUGAGCAAUAACUGAAGCCUGUACGCUAAUCGUAUCUACUAUCCAAAUGAAGAACAAAACCCUUAGCUUGCCCAUUCCUUUCUUUUCUAGAACGACAAAUUGAUUCGUGAUUUGGUGCUAACCCUAGAGAAAUAUGGAUUCCAAUAUGGAGAAAACUUAAAAAACAACCCAAAAGCUUCGGCUAGUUCUGCAUUUCAAAGCUAUUCAACUUAUUCAAACGUACAGCUACAUGUUAAAUAUAUAAAACAAGCUGGUAAUUUGUCAAUGAAAGAUAGAUUAUUCCAGUUUCCUGACGCAUCGUUCAACCUCUCGCCUGAUGCAUUACCGCAAGAAUCUGGUGCUGUGGUCGUUGUUAUGUGGUAUAAGACAAUACAAUCUUUUCUAAGAAACAGUUUUUAUGGUGAUAAUAUUUAUGCAGAAGUAAAGAGCGAGAUUAUCACUGCAAGCGUUCAACCUACGCCAAGAGUUAAGUUUUCAAUACCUGUUCGCAUCAGCUGGAACACAACAGAAUUGGUAAUUCAAUUUACUUUAAGACUUAAAGAUAUUGAUUAGGUAGCACUUAGAAUAUGAUUCAAUACCAUACAGUUGUAAUACCAUGCAUACAGAUAAUUUUCUGAAACAACUUGAAAUAUGAAUUAUUUCUUGAACUUCAGAACGACUCAGACACAUGUGUGUACUGGAAACCGGAAUGGAAUGAAAAUGAGUGGAAAACAGAUGGAUGUGUAAGGGUGAAGGACGAGUCAGACAGUAACCGCUUAAUAUGUGAAUGUGACCAUCUCACAGCUUUUGCUGGUAUGGACAUUUCAAGAGAUCUGGUAAGAUUUUAACGUUGGAAUUUCCAGAUUCUUUGUAAUGUCUACCUACUUUUUCCAGUCUGUAGCUACAUUCAAAGAUUUUAACUACUGUAGUUCCUUUCUGAUGAUCCCGACCAAAACCCCAACAGUUUAUUUACUUUGUACAAUUCCAUACCAUAUUUACUUCUUAAAGGUCAGCAGAUCUGAAAGGCAAGCAUUGGAGUUGAUAUCUACCAUUGGCUGUUCUAUAUCCCUGUUUGGGAUAUUUCUGACCAUUCUCACACAUGCUUUAUUGUGCAAAAGACUUCAUCAGAAUGAAAAGAGAAAAGUGCCUUCCCAAGUGCUUAUGCAUCUUUGUGUAGCCAUUGGAAUGACCGAUAUUCUUGCUAUCUUGGCUGGACCCGCACAAAAUAAUGAGGUAAAGCCCAGGGCAAGCCCAAAUUAAGAAACAUUUAAUUUGCCUUACCUUAUUUCCUAUUUUGGGCAAACAAUUUAUCUUUGGUACAUCCUAGUUUAUCCUAACACAACAAGGCGACUAUAAAUGCAAGAUUAAAUCACAAAACCUGAAACCUGUGGUUAAACACAAUAUUUUUUUUUUUUCUAGAUAUUUUGUAAAUCAGUAUCCAUAUUACUAUAUUUCUUUAUACUUGUGGUGUUUGGCUGGAUGUUAUGUGAAGGAAUUGUUAUUUACCUUCAACUUGUGAGCGUCUACGCGGGUUUGGGUUUAGGAGGACGACAUAUGAAAUAUUUUUAUGUUAUUGGUUGGGGUAAGUAAUUGGGAUAACGGAACCUUUUGUUGCGUGAAAGGUUUUUUCGUGAAAGAAAUAAUGGACAUUUGAUUAAAAUUUUAUUUAGGUAUUCCAGCUGUAGUUGUGACGGUGUUGAUUGGAGCAAAUGGUCAAGAUAAUUUUAUAACAAAACGUGCAUGUUGGUGCCGCGGUGGUGGAGUGUUAUUCUGGACGUUUGCUGCUACCAUCGGCAUUAUCCUCACAGUAAGCUUAGUUCAAACAUAAUUAAAAAACAACAGCAGCUAGAGAGCACUCAGAAACUGCAUACCUCCACCAAUAAAUUAUCUCACGUACUGUAUCAUGCAUAAAUUAUACCAUCUUCAAUUUACCAGAGAAAGCAAGGCAAACUUUUGCUUAUUUCUUGUCCAAUUUUCAUCUAAAUUGAACCUAAAGUUAACCAUUUUGUCCUUUGACUAAAUCUAGUAACCCCACAAAUUUUCGCAUGUUACGGUUAAAUUCUCAUACUUUAAGUGAUAUUUUAUUGAAAUGGGGGACAAAUAGGGAAAACGUGUGGAGAGAAUCGCAACAAUAUUUCGAAACUGCGGUAUCAUUAUUUUUGAAAGUUCUAUAAACAACAAGCAUACCCACCCUAACAAUCAGGGCACCUUCGAAACAUUCCUAUCUAUAAUAAGCGUCAUCAUCCAAGUCGCUUCGUGCAAAAUCGUUGAUAUUUUUAUCUUUCCUUCAUUUCAGAUCAACUCAGUGAUCUUCAUUCUGGCCUUACGAAGUGCAUUAUCCUCCAGCUUAGUGAACAGAACUGCGAAGGCAACAGCUGCUACCGCACUAAGAAAAGCAAAAGUUGGUCUCAAAGGUUCAGCUGUACUACUCCCAUUACUUGGAUUGACAUGGGUGUUUGGACUACUAGUUUUCAAUCGAGAUACGAUUGUUUUUAAAUAUCUUUUUGCCAUUUGUAAUUCUCUACAAGGAGUGAUGAUAUUUGUUUUUCAUGUUCUUGUUGAUAGAAAGGUAUAUGUUUAGCAUUGGGUUUAGGCCUGUUAAGAGACCUCCUGAUGAAGAACCUUUCUUAGAAACCUCAAAUUGCUUUUUAAAUAUUUUCAAGGUAGUUUAGACACAAACCAAGACAGUUAAUUGUAGUGUACUACCUACACGGCACAAAUACAUUUUGAGAUAUCUUUUCAGAUAGUUCAGACAAAAAAAAACACCACAGCUAGUACUACUACCUACACUGACCCUCAGCGUUCGCAAUAUCUUUUUCAGGUAGUUCAGACACAGACCACAGUAGCUUAAUGUAUAAUACUGCCUACACUGGACCGCCACGUUUGAGAUAUCUUUUUUUCUGAGGUAGUUCAGACACAUACCACAGAUUGCACCAUAUUAACGAUAUUAUAGAAUGCUACCUACACUGGGCCACCACGUUUGAGAUAUCUUUUUCUGAGGUAGUUCAGACACAGAUCACAGCUUGUACCAUAUUGUAGAAUACUACCUACACUGGACUAAAUCUCUUUUCAACUUCAAGGUGCGUGAAGCAAUCAGCAGAGAAAAGAAAGCACGCCUGAAAGGCAGACACAAUCAUGCCAAUAAUAUGGUACACAGUAACGACUGUAAGUAAAAAUACAUUUAUUGCAUAGUUAAUAGGAAAAUAAUAUUGUUAAUAAUAUAAUGGUUUACUGCUUUUAGCUCCAUUUUCUGUGUCUCUUAUUAACAUUUUAUCAGAAACUGAGUUGACGUUCUCUAAUAGAGACGUUACGUAUAUUUCUGAAGCAGACAAAACGUCGUCCAACCAUCGUAUAACAAACAUUUCUAAUGAGCAACUCUUUAUAUAACAGACUUUACCAUGAGCACUUCCUUAAGGCUAAGAUGUACAGUACGCUUUUCUAAGUAAAGUUAACCUCACUUGAAGACAGACGCCUCUUAUUCUAGUAUUCUUAGACACAUAUUUUAUAAGAUACGUGUACCGGUGUACCUCUUUCCUAAUUAGACAUCGAAAAUGAUUAUUGCGUUAUUUUUGUGCAGGUGCUACAUUAUCAACAAGUGAAGGUCAUGGCAAAUCAAGUAUUCCAGUCACACCAGUAGGUCCAAAUAACAACACACUUGCAGUGCAAAACCAUUACACCACAGUGAACAGCGCCUUCAAUCCAGACGGACACAUGGACAACAGAAGCUCUACAGCAGACAAUGUGGAAUAUCGUGAAGUAGCAAAGCUGCAGCAGAUAUUGAGCACCACUAAUUAGACGCUACAACCGCCUGAUCCAGGUUAACUUCAGACGGAAAUGGAGUACUUUCAAUGCUGAAAAGAAUAUAUAUGAUAAUAAUAUAAUAUGCCAAAUAAUAUAAUAUCUAAAACCCUUUUACUACAGUAGCCUAUAAUUACGUUGCAGUGUGAAGUAUUGCUAACUUUGCAUUUCUGUAAAUGGUGCCAUUUAUCAAGCUUACUACCCCGUGAGUGUCCGAGUUGUGGUAUUUACAUUAACAUGCCAUGCAAGUACUUAGCUGAAGAUUCAGUCUAUCCAGGGACGCCGGAACUGGGGGGGCGGCUGCCCCCUUGCCUUUUGCUAGGGGGGGCAGAAGUGCCCUUUUAGUUGUAAAAUACUACGUGAUAAAUCACAUUUACAACAAUGCUUUUUGUACGAAAAUCCUGAGAUUCAGACAAUUUAUAGUGUAUAUUUGGCUUUUGAUAUGUCCGGAAAAAAUUUUUGACCCCUAAAAUGGUACACUGACCGAAAUUGAACGAAUUGCAGUCCUAGAGGUGGGAAAAACCCCCAGACCCCCCUAAUAUUAUACAUACCAUAACACACCAAACUUUUUGUUGUCAACAACCAUUUGUCAUCUCUCCACACUCAGUAUAGUAUGGUCCCUUUUUGUAGAUCCCCCCACCCACACACACACACACACGGACGAAUUCUUAAGAAUGCCCUGUGCGGCAUAUUGCAUGGAAGCCAUUAUCAAAACUGAAGAUGCAUGUAUAUAAAAUCUUAGCACCUUCUUUAUAUCUCUUUUCUUACCUCAACAUUGUAAAUAUCAUAUUAAUUGUGUAUUCUAAAACAUUUCUCUCAGUAUCUUACGCUUAGCUUUAUACUGUAAAUAAUUAGAACAUAAACUGACUAAAUUCACCGGCGUGAAUGUUUCCAGUAGAUCUCUAGCCUUAGCCUAGUAUCAUUUGUAAAUAUACCAUGC